CUUCAGUGUGCCGCGGCGACGCUCGGAAAAAGCAUUGACAGGGGUCGAAGGGUUAUUGGCGGUAGAUCUCUCAGAGUUACGUCACUUCCGGCUGACGUGAUUGAUGGUAACGCGUUCGGGGGUUGAAAAACAAUGAGGAAUAUUCAAACUGAGUGAGGUGGCGCCACGAUCGCUAAUCCAGCUGACGUGCUGAGGCUUUUUUUCGGCGAAUUAAAACGGACGCCGACGCUGCGAACGCUCCUGAUCUCAUCGAUCCGUCCAUCCGCCAGUCAGGAGGAAAAAGCACUGCCAGGUGUAGGUAGAUAAAGAAAUAAAAAAAAAAAAAAGUAAACACCAGUUAGUAAUAUCCGAUGAAAAGAUGUGGAGUAAUGGGAAAUCAAGAGAGAACGAGGACAGCAAGCACGGAGAGUACAUCGCGAAAGCCCGGGAAAUUUGAAAAUUGUAAACGACCGUUAAAAGAUUAACCCGAGCGCGUUACGUCGCGGCAGACGAUCUUCCGGCAUAACGGAAGUGCGAAGAUGCUCGGCGUCAGUCAGCCAGGAAAUCCGCCAUCGAGUUUGCGUCACUCGGCGAGCUUCUCGUGUUUGCAGCGCGGCGCUGGCGAGGGUCACCGGGCGCGGACCUCGACCCUGCCCCAGCAGCCUAACCUACAAUUGAGCAAUCAUCAGUACGGCGGAUUGAGUUCCUUGCAGCAGCCGCCAGUUGGCGCUCAGAACAGCGAGACCCUAGAGUCGUCGCAGGACACGAACGAUUACGGUUUUGUGAGGAUCAGACCCCGACUUCGCAGUACCAUAGCAGUUCUGCACGAGGAGGAGCACACUUCCGGUAGGAACUUCCGGGAGAGAGAGUGCGCCUUCAGCGAUCGAGAAGGUUCGACGAACUUCCGCGAGUCCACCUCGUCCUUCAAGAAGGACCGGGCUAGUCAGGAUGGCAGUUCGAAGAGCCGCGACCUGUCGAAAAAUCAGAAUCCACUGAGAGGAGCUUUGAUACUGUUCACGACGUCGACGUCUUCCUGGUGGAAGACGCGGCAGAGGGAGGAACUGGCGACGAGCACCUCGACCUCGACCUCGUCCGGGGCCGCCGAGAGAAAGUGGCCGAGUUCGGCGCUGACGUCGCCGUCCAACGAAAGAAAGUGGCAGAACGCUUCGUCGAUCGCUUCGCCAUCUAGCGACCGGAAAUGGUCGGUUAAUUCGUCAGUGACGUCACCCGGGAACGAUAGGAAAUGGACAAGCUCCUCGGUCUCGUCCGGUUCGUCCUCCGCCGCGCAGGAUCGCAAGUGGCGCUCUCUGGGCGCGCUGCUGCGCACCCCUACGGCUAACUCGCAAACUAAUACCGGGCAGAACUCGUUCUCUCAUAACAUGAGCGCCUCUAUGAUCGAGAACAACGAAUUUCGAGACGGUCUUACGAAUUCGACUUCGAAGUCUAUGCACUAUCCACAGCCUACCUCGUAUUCGGCUAGGGUGUUCAGGACUAGUCCCGAAGCUUACAGAGAGAAUAGCGAAUUCAAGCAAGAGAAAUCGAAGGUUAGCCGGAGACUUUAUCAAGAGCCGUCGGAAAUUGAACGCGAUGCCGAGGAACGUCACGGGACUGCCGCCAGGGGGCCGGACGACGAGUUGGGUUCUCGCGAGAGAAACCUGUCUUCGCACAGGGAAAAGCACAGAGGCGAGCACAUCGUCGAGAGUCGUAUGACCUCGACCAAGUCUAAUAGAGCUCAGAGCUUCUAUCUUCUUGAUGAUUUUUUGAGACCCCAACCUCAGCCUAAGUGCAUACAUCUUUAUCUGUCCUCGCCGUAUGCCAGGUCGGGUAAUGAUGCUUCUCGCUCUAGCGAGGUUGGAAGUAAACAUCAAAGUCAAAUGAACAAUAGCAACAUCACGCCGCCUCGUAGACACAACUCGAGUUCGGAUAGUCUCGAAGUAGCUACCAGUCCACUGCCACCCCCGGUUCCACCGCCUCCACCUCAGAUCAACAGGAGGGACAGGGACAGCAGGGAUCGCACGGAAAAUCUUCGCGAGAAGGAUCUCGUCUGUCCUUGCAGAAUGUGCUGGACCGCACUCCAGCAGAGGUCAUAUGUCGAGGAGAGUCCCGGAGCGUUGCACAAAGAUGUCGGCGGAGGUGGAACGAAGGUCAGCGGAAAGACAGUCGGAGGUGUCGGCUCAGCCACCCUCACCUCCAUUUCCUCCAUUAAUAACUCAUCCAACGCCAGCCGAAAUAAGAACAACCCCGUUGCCCACGAGAAAUUACCAUCACUCGGUGGUUCCAAACCUACUCGAGUCGACAGACGCGACAACAAUGCAAAUAAUUCGACCAUCAACAAUAUCCACAAUGUGCCGUUACAAGAUUCUCUCAACAGCAGCGCUCACGUGGAGGGAUAUGCCAGUACAGUGCCCAUGACACCUCAGGAAGCUACCAAGUAUUAUGGAUCACGGCUCACGGAGUUUGAACGCGCUGAAAUUGAAAAGUACUCUGAAAUUUGGUACUUGGGAUUGGAUGCUUGUAAGAUUCACGGUGAAGAGGGUGCCUCCCAAAACGGUGGAUACGACGAUGACAAUGGCAGUUACAAUAAAGUACUUCACGACCACAUUUCAUACAGGUACGAGAUACUGGAGGUGAUCGGUAAGGGGAGUUUUGGUCAAGUUAUCAGGGCACUGGACCACAAGACAGGACAGCAUAUCGCCAUUAAGAUAAUCAGGAACAAGAAGAGGUUCCAUCAUCAAGCACUCAUCGAAGUACGGAUUCUGGGUCAUCUGAGAAAGAAGGAUCUGGAGGCUAAUGCGUCCCACAAUGUCAUACACAUGUUAGAGUUUUUCUACUUCAGGAAUCACCUGUGCAUCAGCUUUGAACUCAUGAGCUUGAAUCUCUACGAACUGAUAAAGAAGAACAACUAUCAAGGGUUCAGCUUGAGCUUGAUUCGGCGAUUUGCCAAUUCGCUGAUCAAUUGUUUAAGACUGCUACACAGGGAGAAUAUUAUUCAUUGCGAUUUAAAGCCGGAAAAUGUCCUUCUUAAGCAGCGUGGUAGCAGCUCGAUAAAAGUCAUCGACUUUGGCUCUUCCUGCUACAGCCAUCAACGAGUUUAUACAUAUAUACAGUCCAGGUUUUACAGAAGUCCCGAAGUCAUCCUAGGACUGCCCUAUGGCACUCCUAUAGACAUGUGGAGUCUGGGCUGUAUUCUAGCUGAACUUUACACCGGAUAUCCUCUCUUUCCGGGCGAGAACGAGGUGGAGCAACUCGCGUGCGUUAUGGAAGUCCUGGGAUUGCCACCAGAGCAACUCAUCAGUCAUGCAUCCCGUCGCAGGCUCUUCUUUGAUUCCAAAGGAAACCCUCGUUGCGUGACAAACAGCAAGGGUAGAAAGAGGCGACCUGGUAGCAGAAGUUUGGCUAUUGCACUUCGGUGCAACGACACGCUCUUCGUAGACUUCGUCAGCAGAUGUCUCGAGUGGGACGCGAAGAAGCGCAUGACGCCCGACGAAGCGAUGCGUCACGAGUGGCUGAACUCUUCAUCAUCGCAUAUAAGUUCAUCCUCCGCGAUGACGUCGUCGGUCGUUAGUUCAGUAGUAAGCACAGUGGUGGAGCCACCUCAACCGGCCCACGCGAAAACCGUUAAUGUCAGUGCCGCACGUCAGAGGGCCACGACGAUGGAGGAUCCUCAGCAGCAGUACAGCCUAUACAGACUGUACCGUGGCCGGAAGUGCGUCUCGAAGAUCACAGCGAUAGAUAAUGCCGAUAACGGUGCUCUGGUAGUCAAGAGUAAGCUCAAUGGCAGCGCCAGUAGCCAUGCACUAGCUGGCAGCGGUGCCCAACCAUCUCAACCACGUCACGCCUCCACCGGGGACAUCGUCGCCAGUCUGGAUCCCAAUCUCGACGACUCCGGCACGUUUCUACCUCCGAUAUUGUGAAGCCGGGUCUGCGCCAGCCACUUUUAAACGCACUCGCGAGUCUGUGUCGUCUAACAGAAUUUCAAGUAUUGGCGCAAGGGCAUCCCCGAGUAACACUGACUACCUGGGGAUGAGUUUCUCGGUCACCGUUACUAUUGAGAUGCGUGACGGAAGUGGCUGGAUCGGCAGGAAUCUUAACAAUUGCUGAGAAGCUGGAGACAGUCUAUCUCUACGAGACUCGUGACCACCUGAAAGGUAAUACCCUGAACAGGGUAUUCCAUCUAGGUCAUCCUCAAAUAAUCCUUUAGAGCUCCGUUGCUUGAAAACUCGGAUUUUCCUUUUUUAUUUUAAACGUGGAGUUAGGUCGACGGCAGAUCGCUUGCCGGACAAGUACACCUUGAAUACUACUGUGGUUAGGAAAGAUCAUCCCCUGUCGUCAUGGUGAUUCAGUGUCAUUGUAAUUCAUUGUAGUUCCAAGGGUUGACACCUUAGGGUGCAAAACGAGUCUCGUGGACGAUUUAUUUAUGGACUGCGGAAUAUCCGGCUUUUACCUUAGGAGGUUUGGGUACCGUCGAGCUAAAAAUGGCCCCGAGUAAAAAGAAAAAUAUGAUACGGCACGGGACAAAGCUUCGCCGAGGAUGUUUGUUUAGUUUAUACGAAAAAGGCCGUAAUGCAUGAUUCUAAAUAGAAUGAUUUAAAUGAAUUUCGAAGAUAUACAAGCAGACAAACAAAAUUUAUAAAUGGCCACUGCAGUAACGUCCGAGGCGAAUGUUCGGAUCGAGGGGGAGGUAUGCUCUAUCCUCCUCCCUUCCCCCUAGUUUCGUGUGGCCUGAGUAGUCCUUAUUGUGAUAUUACACUACCACUGUCUUACUUAGAUCUCCAAUACUGAAGAGUAACGACUAAUCGUGUAUUUCAUUAUUGUUAAUUAUUAUUUUUAUUCCUACGAUUUAAUUGUAUUACGCGCUACGCUGCGCUAUAUUAUUAUCAUCAUCGUCAUCCUCGUCGCGGUCAACGCGCAUCAAGUCGUAAUAGCGGCGCCGAGUCCAGGAAUUUUCUUUUGGCUCUUAUCUUUAUGCUUUUUAAGUGCAUUAAUCGCUAUCACCGUUAUUCGUCACCUUUUAUUAUUAUAUUAUACAUUGUAAUCCUAACUAUCGUUGCCUUAUUGCUAUAUUAUCACUAACUUUAUUAGUAAUACUAUUACGAAUACCGCUGCUUCUUCACUGCCCGCUACGAGUCCCGGAUUCGUUUACUUCUUUUUUUUAAAGGCAUCUUUAUUCUUUUUUUUUAUCCCCGGUCGAUACGCGCAGACUGUCUUUCUUCUACGCGCCUCAGGUCCCUCGUCCUUCUCGUCAGUACCAGUUUCCAUCGAUACGACGCGACUUCACGUAAAUCAUAAUUGUCGCAAUUUUUUUUAUCGACACACCGGACUUUUCUUUGUCUGCUGUAAAAUACUUUGCAACAACUGACAGCACCACACAUUUAUCAUUCGAAGCUCUCUAGAUAAUUUUUUUGCUUUACAGUACCAACUGUAUAUCAUCGUUUUUUUUUUUUUUUUUAUUAUAUUUGUCACCCUAAUACUCGGAGCGAGACUUUGUCGGGUCUCUCUUAAUAGCAGGAACUGAGGAAUCGACGGAUUGUGCGAUUACGAUUGAAGAAUAAAAAUAGCACAGAAAGGAGUGACGAAAAUAAAAAUUCCAGGCAGGCAUCUAUUAUAAAAUCGCGUUGAAACAUAAGCGAACAAAAGUAUAAAAAUGUAUGCGCGUACACGACCGACGCGCGACAAGACUGAAGAAACGAUACGUAGAAAUUUCGUUUCAACGAAUCCGCGCAGGAGGAUUUAAAAAGUCGCGCCGUUUCCCGCGUCUCGAAAGAUCGUAUUUUUUAACGAUCGAUCAGAAACUAACCGAUCCCCACGUAAUAUUCCAAGUAAUAUACAAUUUAAAAAAAUAUUUUCCAACGAGUCAAGUUGCCCGUAAGCCCUUAUAAUUUAAAUAAAUUUAGUAAAUCAUCACACGUUAUAUCAUCCAAUCGUUAAAAGUCAUCCCGUGAUAUUGCAAAUAUUAAAAUACGAUCUACUAGCGCGAUAGGAUAAAAACAUGGGGGCCCAAUGUGUCGUGGCUAAAAAAGUUCAGCAUUAAGUCGACAAAAAAAAAUAGUAAAAAUUAUUCUAACCUAGAAAAAAUUACCCCC